AUGGAGGUUAAAAACGACUUAGAUAAUUUUGAAGAGUCAGAAGAGGGUUCUCAAAAAUUUAAAUUCAAGGUUUUUUAUGUGAUGGAUAAGAUGAUUGAUUUUUAUCACAAUUCUAUGGUUUUAGAGUUGUCAUUUUUAAUAAUACAAACUUUUCAGAUAAUAGGAUUGAUCGACUAACCUUGGAUGCGCAACUCUUAAGUAACCAGUAGCAUCCUGGAUUUUAUGUAAAUGUUUCUAUUUGUUCCUUUUUAUACAAAUAAUAACAGCAAUACAUCAUAGUUUUAAAUUUUGCUCUACUUCUGCUCAGCUUUCGUUUUGGUGAUAGUCAUGAGUUUUGUAUCAACUUCAAUUAUGAUUGAAUAAAAUACUCGAAUAAACGAAAAAUAAAAAUCUUCUCAUAAGAUUAUAUUUUCUUUAAUGGACUUUAUAGUGAAUGCGAUGACAUAAGUUCUCUACAUUCCUUUCUUCUAGCUUUUUUGCUCCACUUUUAGAUGCGAAAAAAAUACAAAUAAUCAAUAUUCAGCAACAUAAUCAUAAAAUACUUACUACAAUACUCUCACAAAGAAUGAAUGCUUCGCCCCGAUUCAAAUUCCUAAUUUUACUCUCUCAAUAAUCUGCAUGGUUCUGCUUCAUGGUUUUAGUAUUUUCAUCAAUAAGAUGUAUUUCGACACAAGACUUGAUUGCACCUACAAAAAUUCAAAAAUAAGCGGAGUAUAUGAGCUCAAUCUUUAAUAUUUUGUCUCUAAUUUUUGUAUUCUUAUAGCCUUUUUUUUUGAGGAUAGGUAUCAAGUAAUUAAAGUUAUAUUAUCUAUUGUCUGGUGGUUUAAUUUGCUUAAAUUAUUGAAUGAUAAUAUGAUCUAUAACUUAAAGCUAUUCUCUUUCUUGAAAUUAGAACAAGCUAUGAUCAUAUUUUGGACAUCUUUAAUUGGAGCUUACAACUAUUUCUUUCCAGAUAGCACUGUUGUUGUUUUUUUUUGGGUUGUUGGAAUUAUAUUUUUGACUAUCUAUAAUUUCAAUUAUGAGCCAGUAAACAAUGAUAUUUGCGCAGCUAAUUCUUCCAAUUAUAGAUAUGUAUAAGAAGCAAUUAAGUAAUUGAGAGUCCUCUGUUACGCAAUCUCGAAAUACGAUUAAUAUUCUCUAAAAGUAGAUGGUUUCUUAAAUAGACACAGAAAUGACUGUAAUCUACCAAACUGCCCUUCGAGAUCAAAUGCUAUCCGUAUCAAAAAAUUUAACAGGAUGCUGGUUAAUUAAACAACAAAUGAAGACCUAAUAAUGAGUAUUUUUGUGAUUUACACAAUAUUUAAUAAUAACAUCUUGAAGUUUGGAGGAUCUAAUUAAAUUAGACUUCUGUAUGCUCUUUUCUUACUUGAAACCAUUUAAAAUAAAGACCAAUCCCUCAUUUAGAUUUCUUUCCUACUUCUUAAUUAACCUUCAUUAGAAGAGUAAUUCAUAGUAUAUAGAUUAAAGAGACUCAUUAUGUAAUUACAAAAUCACAAAGACUAUAAAAAAUUAGACUUCUCUUCUGAGUUCACAAUUGAUGAAUAUUCCAGUAAGUUUAAAAAGAUUUUAAGCACUACAAUGUAAAAUUUCCUUCAAUUCUGGUAAGAGUUGCUAGAACCAUCUCCUUAGGCUGAUAACUUAUUAAAUAAAGGAUAUCAGCUUAUUGAAUAAAUAUCAAAUAUACAGAGCUAGUUUGAUCAUUUAAGUUAAUAAAGAAGCUUAAAUUAAUCAGCCUUUCGUUGUUAUCAAGCUUUUUCAUUACAUAUCUUAGAAGACAAAGAACAUUUUGAAGUACUAUAAAAGUAAACAAUUGAUUAAAAUGAAUAAAUAGGUGGAGAUGAUGAAGGUAAUCUAAAAGAGGAAGACACCUACACUCAAGGUAUUUUAGUCAUCAGUUCAUAAGAAGAAAAUUUUGCUAACAUAAUAGAAGUCAAUCUUGAGUUAUUAAAAACUAUCGGAUUUCUUAAAUCUUAAGUUUUAUCCAAAAAUGUCUCUAUCUUAAUUCCUAACAUUUGGCAAUAAUACCACAACCAGUUUAUUGACUAAUAUCUUGCUUCAGGACAAAAAAAAAUUAUAGGGUAAUAGAGAGAGCUAUUUAUAAAGAGUAGAUCAGAUUACUCUCUUCCUAUUAAGUUGAAUAUUAAAAUUAUUCCUUCACAUACUUAAGGACUUUUGUUUUAAGCUUAGAUAGUGGCUUAAAAUUUACUUUACGAUUAUCCUUCAUUUAUCAUCGCAAAUGUGAAUGGGCAAAUAGAUACUAUUUCUCCUAGUGUGAUAUCUAUGUUCAACAUAGAUAUGAAAAAGGUAAAGCAAGGCAUGUUUAUUGAGAAAAUAAUUCCUAACUUUUGGGAAUACAUCCUUGACUUUCAAGAAAAACAAGGAAAGGAGCUGAUAAUAAAAACAUAUUAGCUAAAAAUGAUGAAAGAGACUAAAGUGAAGAUAUUUGUUCAACAAAUUAGAUUUAUGAACUUAGGAUCUUAAGGUUAUAUAAUUAAGAUAAAACUAACUAAGUCUGAUCUGAAAAGUUUACCUACAAUUUAUAGAAAGAACUAAACUUAAACUGAAAAUACAAACACUUUAAAAUAGUCAAAACAUCAAAAGACAGCUACAUCAUUAAAAGAUAAAAAUAUCUUCUCUGAAUAUCAACAAGAUAAUAAUGAUACUUAAAAACAAAAUGCGUUUAAAAACGAUUUUUCAUUUUUGUAAAAUAAUUCUGAAUCAGUUAACAACUAAGCGCCACCACCAUUAUCUUCAAAUUUAUCAUCUACAGCUUAAAAGAAGCUUAAUUAAUUAGAAAUAUUCUAUGAUAUAAGAACAAACACUUACUAAGGGGUGAUAAUUGCUGUAUCAAAGCUGAACAACUAAGAAGAACUUGAGUCUGAUACUAACUUUAAAAAACAAUAAAAAUCUAUUUUUAGCUACGCAUCGCCUACAUCAAAAAAGCAAUCAUCCGUAUCAAAUAAUUCGAGUGAAAAAAAUUUUAUUAAGCAAUAAUUGUACCCUUUUAUUUAUACUUUUGUAAGGAGUAAUGAAGAAAGAGUGAAAGAUAUUUUAGAUAAUAACAAAAGUGCAAAAUAAAAACCUCAUUAAGUUGACAACGAAGUGUAGAAUAUUUUAGAAAAUUUGAUAAAGAUGCAGUACGAUAAGAGCAACAACAAAGGUAAACUUUCCUCAAAAUCACAAAAGAAGUCAAAAGAAACAGACAAAAAUGGUGAAAAUAUUCUUCCGUCUGUUUAUGUAAAACCAUACGAAAUUGAGAGAGCGUAAGAAGAAUAUUUGAAUAAGGUAGAAUAUCUGAUUUUAUAAAGUUUAUAAGUGUAAGAUAAAGCUGAUGUAGAAAAUGAAUCAUCACAUUAAAAAGUUUAAAAAGACUAUGGUGAAAGUAUUAAAACAUUAAGAUUAGAAAAUAAUAAACUAAUUGAUCUAAAAUUGUUAAAUGAGAAUGAAGAUUAAAAUAGCGAAAGCUCUAAUUAAAAUCUUGAAAAUAAUUAAUAAAUCUUGUAAGAAGAACAAAGCUUUGAAGGAGAGUAUUAAAAAGAAUUGGAUGAGAUUAUUUUAUCAAAAAAAAAUAUUAAAUCCUUCAUGAAAGAUAGUAACUUCAAUUACAACAGCAGCUUUUUUACUUGCAAAAAGUUAUUUUCUUUAUUGUUUUUGGUUUUUGAAAUCGUCUAUAUUAGUGUAUCACUUGUCCUCUAUCAGUAGCAAUGUAAUGAUACAAUAACAAGAUUUUAGAUGUACAAUGUUACUCAUUUGUUCUAUGCGAAUACUUAGCACAUUAUAGAAGGAGUAUUUAAUAUGUUUGCUAUUGAUAAGGGAGUCUAUUACAAUUUUGACAACUUAGAUUAUUCAACUGCAGAAUUUUACUUUUAAAAGUAUCUUGAGCUAAUAACGAUGUAUUAGUUUGGACUAGACGAAAUACUUACAAAACUCUAUUUAAAUAAAGUUGGUGUCACUCAACAAAUGCAGGACAUCUUUAUCAAUAAUAGAAAUAUUAAGAUAUUAAUUCAUUUCAUUCAUCGUCAGACAACUGUUUACCCAAAUAAUCUAUACUAGGCAUCUCAAUAGGUUUUAGCCAAAGUUUACCAUUUCAAGAGAGUACCUUUGGGAUAGUUUGAUUAUCACAAUAACGAUAUUUAUAUAAAUGUUGAAAAUUUCUCGAACUAAUUAUUGAAUUAAAUAAUUCAAUAUAGAGAUUUUUAAGAAUAAGAGAUCUUUACUUAUCUAAAUUCCAUGUAGACUUAUACGCAAGAUAUUCUUUAUAUUGGUCUAUUGUUUAUUUUAGGAUAUCUGAUAUUGGUGUUUAUUCUUUAUUUGAAGACUCUGUUUUGCUUCUAUGAAAUUCCUUCUAUUUUAACAACAAUUCCUCUUUCAUAGAUUAGAAACUAAAUUAAAGUAUAUGAGUAAUUUUUAACCAGUACUCUUAUAUAGGAAGAGGAGGAAAAUUAGUCUAAUGAAGUUCAGGAAUAAAAAAAUACUGAUUAAAAAAAUAAAAUUAAAAAGGAUCAUAAUGAUCAUGUCAAUAUUGAUAAUUAAGACAUUUAAGAUACUAAGUCACCAUAAAACGCUUAGAGAGGAGGGAAAAAUUUAUAAACACAAACUACUAUUAAAUUGUAAAAGAAUCUCAAUAGCGCAUAAAACUAAGAUAAUUCUAAUACCGAACAAGUAGUAUUCAGUCUAAGAGGGAUUACUAGCUAGAAUAUAAGACCUGUUAAAUACAGCAUAUUGAAUAUGAAAUUGCUUGUGCCAUUCUUUUUUUCUUUAAUUUUCUUUUCAGUUUACAUGAUAGUAGACACUAACCUCACUUAGAAUUUCAUUAAUUAGCUGUAAAACUAUUAUCUAGAAUUAACAUACAGUGUUAAGCUAGAGCCAGAUUUCAUGCUGUUAUUUAAUUGCUUAAAAAGCCAAACUCAAGCAAACAAUUAUGUUGGAGUAAGAUAAGUUUAUGAACCAAUCGUAUAUUUCUAACGAAAUAUAAAUUCAAUGUAUGAUUUAAUGGACAACUUUACUUAUACUCAUUAUAAUAACUAUAAUAUUUUACCAGCUUCUUACUAAACCCAGUUUGAUUAAUACUUCUCUAAAAACACUGAUAUUUGUAGCUAAUUAUACAAAAAAAAUCCUUAAAAUGUCAAUCAAACUGAAUGCAACCUUUCAAUGAAUGGCCAAAUAAAUGAAGGCAUGAAUAUCAAUAUUAAUCAUUUAAUAACCCACAUGAUUACAUACGCUUAGUCUAUAGCUAAUGUUAACAUAUAGUUGCCAUACAAACAUUCUGUGAACCAAGAUAUGUACUAAGUAUAAUUAAUUAUGGAUUACAUGAAAAUAAUUAUGAGAGAGCUUAAUGAUUUAUUAAUAAAUGGGACGCAAUCGCAUUCAUAAACACUAAGUGUAAUAAGGAUAGCAAUUUGCAUAUCAAUUUGCUCUAUUCUAAUUAGUAUCUGCUUAUUUGUCUCAAUUCCUUUAAUUCAGCAAAUUAAGAGUAAAAUCUUUAAUUAAAGGUAGAUCUUUUCCAUUAUCCCAAUUCAUCUAUUAUCAAAAAAUAGACACAUAAGGCAAUAUAUUCUCAAAUAAUAUUUAUCAAAUAACAAGAAAUGA